AUGGCCUCCUCGUCCCCCGCCCCCCUUCUCCGUGCCCGCCCCGCUUUCGUUCUCAUAACAUACUAUUUUUAUAAUGGCCGAGAAGCAGUUGACCACCGCGAGCCCGGGACCGAGCACUUUGCAAAGAGGUCUGCCAUCAAUCUCAUCUCCUCGGUGCCGCUCUCUCACCCCUUUCUCCAGGCAAAGCAUGUCUGCGCUGUCGAAAGCGAAAAAUGGCGAGUCCCCUCCCCCUUCCCCUCUCCCUCUCCUCAUCACUCAUCUCCCACUCAGAGGUGCGACGGCGCAAAGCCUGCUUGCCAGCAGUGCAUUCGUGCGAAGAAAUCCGAUGCCUGCGAGUACGACGACGGCAAGGGCAAGACAAGGACCCAGCUUAUGCGCGAGCACAUCACCCGUCUCGAGAUGAGGAUAAAGGAGCUCGAGAAUCACGACCAUUCUUCUCCCUCCGUCACCUUGUUCGAUCCUCACGCACCGUCACCAUAUGGAUCUGGCUCAUCCUCCUCAUCCAGCCAUGGUUCCCCAGGUCUCAUCAGCCUUCCAGCGUCCGCCUCGCCGACUCCGUUCUCACACGAGAUGGAUUCUUCCUGGGAGCAGCAGUGGGACGGCAUGACCGAUUUUGCAUCUACUAGUCAAGUUAGUGAUCCAUACAAUCCGUCAGAAGAGCCGCCGUUUGAAUUAGCACAGAUGCUUUUGGAGAUAUUCCUUCCACAUCGUCAUCAGUGUGGGCUUGAUGUUCAUGUCGGCCGUCUCCGCGACUCUCUCAAUAACCCCUUGUCGGAACGGCGUCACCCCGUCCUCAUGAAUGCCAUCUACCUCUGGGCCUGUUAUCUCUCGCGACCAGGUUCUCUGAGCGAACACGAGCCGCACUACCUCUCCCGCACACUGGCUGCUAUGUCUGACGCGAUUCAGUACCCGUCAAAGGUCCUUGAUGUGAUCCAGGCCUCAUGUCUCCUUUCGACGUACUACCUCUCGAACGGACGGUUAUUCGAGGGCAGCUAUCACGCGACUGUAGCUGCGUCCCUCGCGGUGCAGUUUAGCCUCCACCAGAUCGGUAUGGAUGAGCGCACGCCGCAGGCGAGCGCGGACGACUGGGACUCGACGUUCCGCCUCGAGCCCGCGAAAGACACCAUUGAGCGCGGGGAGCGCAUCUUGACGUUUUGGCAAGUGUAUAACCUUGAUCGCUGCUGGUCCGUCGCGCUCCAGCGCCCGUCGACGAUCCCUGACAGCGACCACCCGUGGACUUGCAUUAGCACCCCAUGGCCCCAGCGGAUGGAAGAGUAUGAAUGUGGGGACAUCGCGAUUGGCACGGGGAGCCCAACAGUUCGUGGAUUCUUCAUCCUCCAGGCACAAAACGCGAAUAUGAUCAGCGGCUACUCAACGGUCGCUCUGCGCGCUAAGGCAUCGGCGCUCUUUGAGGCUGCUAAUCGCCUCUCCUCUAGCUGGAGUACGCAGGUGCCCUCGUCGAACUCGUUCAUGGAAAACUUCAGGGUGCUCGAACACACGAUCUCGCGGUUCGCAUCGACGUUGCUCCCACUGCAUCAGCUGGCGGCAGCAACGCCGGAGGACAAGUUUACGCUGAUCGUCAUCCACUGUCUGGCACACGCGUCCAUGAUUCGGCUGCAUUUCCCGUUCAUGGAAAGUGAUACCGUCUCGCGUGACAAGUGUCUACGGGCGGCGCGCUCACUAGUUCUUGUCUCUAAGCAUAUAAAUGACGUGGAUUUUGACUUUCUGGAUCCGCUGGUUGGGCCCUGCUGGUCGUCCGCAGCGAAGGUCUUGGAGUCGGAGCUCGUCCGGCUGCAGACUUCGUGGCCGCCGUUGAACUCUAUGGAGGUCUGCGGGGAACUUGGCGCGCUUGUUCUGGCCAUGUCCAGGCUCAGCACGAAGUUUCCGCUUCUAGCGUACCAGGCCGCCAAGGUCCAAAAUUCUUUGGAGUCAAAGUAG